UGUCUCGCGAGAACACCUCGCACCCGAUCCUGAAGUCCUCGCGAGACUACCAUCCGGUCCUUUGCCUGCUGAAUCCAGCUGGUGUCCUGCCUGCCGCUGACGGUUGUGUUGCAGCUGAGGUCAGAGUCAUCAUGGGGAACAUCUUUGGGAACCUGCUGAAGAGCCUGAUAGGCAAAAAGGAAAUGAGGAUCCUGAUGGUGGGGCUGGACGCCGCCGGGAAGACAACCAUCCUCUACAAGCUGAAGCUGGGGGAGAUCGUCACCACCAUCCCCACGAUCGGUUUCAACGUGGAGACGGUGGAGUACAAGAACAUCAGCUUCACCGUGUGGGACGUGGGUGGCCAGGACAAGAUCCGUCCCCUGUGGAGACAUUACUUCCAGAACACUCAAGGCCUGAUCUUCGUGGUGGACAGCAACGACCGUGAGCGAGUCAACGAGGCCCGCGAGGAGCUGAUGAGGAUGCUGGCCGAGGACGAGCUGCGGGACGCCGUGCUUCUCGUCUUCGCCAACAAACAGGACCUGCCCAACGCCAUGAACGCGGCAGAGAUCACGGACAAGCUGGGCCUGCACUCCUUGCGCCACCGCAACUGGUACAUCCAGGCCACCUGCGCCACCAGCGGCGACGGCCUCUACGAGGGCCUGGACUGGCUGGCCAACCAGCUGAAGAACAAGAAGUGAGGGGGGGCGGGCGGGGGGGAAGGGCCGGGGCGACGGCUCCAGGUAGAGGGUUACAGUAGGCCUGUUGCUUUCACAAAACAGAGAGGAGACACGGGAAAAAGCUCCCAGGAGGGUGACUCAGAUAUUUUUUUAUCUUUCCUUUUCCUGUAUUUUUGAUUGAUUUGACUCGUUUGGAUCUGUGGUGAUUUUUUUUUUUUUUUAUGAUUUACAAACAAAAUGGUGUCAAAGCUGAUCUAAUCCACGCUUUUUUUCCCGACCUGAAUGCAUAAAUAUUAGAUUUCAUAUCGUUAUAUUACCACGAAGGUGUGCGAACUUUACAGUCAGCGAUCCACAUCGAGUAUUUACCAUUUGCAGAACACGACGGGUCGAACCGCCCGACCCUAGAACCCAUCAGCUCGGCGUAAAAAAACGUGGCGGAGAAUGUCGUUGAUGUGUGGAGGUGCGAGGUCAGAGACGUCAGCUCACACUUUUACAUGCGGCGUGUGCUCCACACAGGCUCAGACGACAGCUUUUACCGCCGUGGACUUUGUGCUCUUCAGAUUUAAUUUUUAGGCG